AGGCACGAUUGAUACAGGUGUGAGUGUCAACCAGGUUUUUCCUCCCCGGUUCCCGUUAGCGCGCGUAUAUAAACGCGCCGUCCCGCACCUCAGACAACACACCUCUCCCGAGCCUUCCUCUCGACCCGCCCACCGCACUCGCUUUCGCACCAUGCUGCGCGUCGCCCUACUCCUCGCCCUGGUGUGCGCCGGCGGCGCCAAGAUCUACCAGCCCUGCGACCUGGCCAGGGAGCUGCUGUACACGUAUGGCUUGCCGCGCAGCCAGAUCGCCACGUGGGUGUGCAUCGCGUUUGCCGAGUCCAGCUACAACACCGCCGCCGUAGGAAACGCCAAUUCCGACGGCAGCAAGGACCACGGACUCUUCCAGAUCAACGACAGAUACUGGUGCUACCCUGGCACUGGCUGUGCCACGUCUUGCUCCAGUUUCGAAGACGACAACAUCGCUGAUGAUGUGGCCUGCGUGAGGAAGAUCUACUCUGAGACUGCCGCCAUCUCUGGCAACGGCUUCACCGCUUGGACCACCUACCCCCGGUGCUACUCUCCGGACUCCUACAUUGCUGGCUGUGGCAUCUAAGGUCUUUGGUAUGCUAAUGCUCCUACCAUGUUUUGUUCUCUGAAAUUCAGUCAAUAAAAUUUGUAUCAAAGA